GUUUUGACUGGUUCUCUUCAAGUUAAAAGUGAUAUUUCUAAUUGUUUGAUUUAUCUUUGUUAAAUGGGAUAAUUCAGCUGAAUUAUGUGAUUGUACUGGUCUAUAAUUAAUUAUGGAACUUUCUCAAAGUAGAUUUGAAAAAUCCUUAGGCUUGUUAACUUCAAGAUUCGUAUUUUUGUUACAACAUUCUCCAGGAGGAUUACUAGACCUUAAAACUGCUGCAGAAACUUUAGAAGUUAAACAAAAGAGAAGAAUCUAUGAUAUUACUAAUGUCUUAGAAGGAAUAGGACUUAUUGAAAAGAAAACGAAAAAUAUCAUACAAUGGAAAGGCCCAGCCGAUGAGAAUGAGACGAGUCAUAGUGAAAUCACUUCAUUAAAAGAAGAUUUGAGAGAAUUAAAGGAAUACGAAGAAAUGUUAGAUCACCAUAUGAGGACGAUUCGAAAUAGGACCGAAGAAAUGUUAAGUUAUCCGGAAGCUUACAUUACUCAUGAAGAUUUGUCUUCAUGCUUUGAUAGUGAUAUAGUUUUAGGAAUUCAAGCUCCGAUGAAUUCGAUAUUAGCAGUACCCCUUAACAAAAAGACUGACAAUUUAGAUUACGAAUUAACUUUAAAAUCGACUAAUGGUCCUAUUAAUGUGAUGCUGUUUUCUGGAAAUAAACCUCUGUCAGAUAGUAAACCUAUUUUUUCGGAAUACUCGUUGUCUGAUGGUCAAUUACCUGUUUCGAAAAGAAACGUUAGAAGUCCAAAGCCUAGUCGUAAGCAAACAUUUUCUAAACCAAAGAAUGAAGAAAUUAGGAAUGAUAGCAAUACCGAACUUUGUGAUGAUGAAGACUUUGUUGAAAGUGCUAGGGUUAUAUUACGUGGCUUGCCAACAGUACCAUUCGAAAGAGAAACUAGAACUAAUAUGACACCAUAUAUAGAUGCAAUUGGCCAGAAUCACUUCGUUCCUUUGAAUCCUCCUCCAGGAAAAGAAGAUUACCUCUAUGCCUUAAGACCGGAAGAAGGCCUUAGUGAUAUAUUUGAAUUUUAGCAAAAGUUUAAACUAUUACAUUUAUAUUUGUUAUUUAAAAAAAAAGAGAGAGGGAGAAAUUGUUUUACGGAGACUUGUCGUUAUGGUUAUUUAUUACUAAAGUUUUUUAUUACAAAAUGGUAAUAAUUCUUUUCUUUUUUGUAAUUGUUAUUGAAAUUUUGUUUUGUUUUUUAAUAUGGUUCAUUCCUUUUCAUGAAAAUUAGUAUAUCGUACUUGAAAUAGUAAUUAUUUUAUUUAAAUGCGUUUUUUUUUUCAUAAUAAUGAAUGUCAUAAGUAUAAUGUACGUUCAAAAAGAAAGGGACAAAACUCAAAAGGUGCUGCUUUUCUGCUUUUAGGAAUUCUAUCAAGUUUUCCAAAUUUUUAUCUUUAUUUUUGUACCUUGGUAACACUUUAUAUUUGAGUAGCCUGAUAUCACAUU